GAUGAGCUCUGUUAUUUUUUAGUUUACGUGAAACGUGUGGCAUGGCGGCAUGAGUAUGAAUGUGAAUUUUUUAGUCAAAUGUACGUAGCAAAUGUUUUAUCCCUUUCAAUCAACGUGAUCCUUCAGUAUAAAACACUUUAGAGUGAUCUUUGCUAAUUUGAAAAAUGGAGGAAGACGAAGAGUCGACUAGCAGCGUGACCAAGUCGCUGACUGCCGACGAAGAAGCGAUUCUCGGCAAGCAGGACAGCCGCCUCGUGUCCGCAUUCCAGGCCUUGAAACUGGAGAAAGACGCCAAGAAAAACUGGGACUUAUUUUACAAGCGCAACGAAACUCGUUUUUUCAAGGACCGACACUGGACCACGCGCGAGUUCGAAGCGUUGGUUGCUGGCAGUGAGGAGAAGGUCCUGUUUGAAGUUGGUUGCGGCGUGGGCAACUUUUUCUUCCCUUUGCUGGAGGAGAGCAAGAAGCUCUUUGUCUAUGCCUGCGAUUUUUCUGACCGAGCCAUCGAGUUUGUUAAAAAUGACUCGAGAUUCGACUCAAGCAAAAUUAUUGCUUUUCGGGCAGACAUUACAACUGACGAUUUGUCCAUAAAUGUUCCAGAAGGGUCGGUGGACAUAGUGACCCUCAUAUUUGUUCUGUCGGCCAUUCACCCAGAGAAGUUUGUUCAGUCUGUUAAAAACAUUCAUAAGGUUUUGAAACCUGGUGGUUUGGUGCUGUUCCGAGACUACGGUCUACACGAUAUGGCUCAGCUGAGAUUCAAACCAGGCCAUAAAAUUGCUGACAAUUUCUACAUGCGACAGGAUGGAACAAGGAGUUACUACUUUACCACCGACGAAAUUGAGCACAUGUUUUCCAAGGCUGGUUUUGACAAGAAGUCUCUGAGCUAUGUCCACCGCAGGACGGUUAAUAAAAAAGAACAAAUCGAUGUGCCUAGGAUCUUUGUUCAAGCAGAAUUUGUUAAAAAUCUGACUAACAAAGCAUUGUGCGUUUGAAUUUGGGACGCAAUGAAGAUAUAUUGCGACAUGGAUAAUUCAAAUUAGGAUGGUGAUGUGGCAUAAUGAACAGAUGUCGGCAGCAUCCUUAUUAUUAUUGAAGUGAUUAAGGCAAAUGAGCAAAAGGUUCUGUCAAGUGCGCCAUACGGGUUUCAGAUAUCUCGCAACUUGGAGGAUAUAAUUGACAAAGAUGUGCAUAGAGGAACCAUAUAGAAUCUUUCAGAGGGAAACCGCUCUUGAGAGAUUUGCAGAGCCGGCUUGGUUUUUUUUAUUGAAAGGAAAACCAAUGUUUCGAGGUUUGCAGUAAAUCCUACGGCCUUACUCUACAUAACAGAAAUGUAAAGACCUUUACUGUCUGUGCAUAAUGCAGAUUUGCCUGACAAAUUUCUGCUUAUAUAAAAGAAGAUGGGUCAGAUUCGUGGAACAUUCCUUGGGUGUUCAUUUUCUACGUCUACACUACACUGCAGAUUUCUCGAGUACUCAAUUUCUGCCUUACAAGGAGGAUGUUCGUAUUAUGCAGACUUCUUCGGAUGAAACAUUGUUGGUUGUGCGAUCAGAUGCUAUUAUUGAUGAGAAAUGAACAAAGGGAAUUUAUUGCUGUCUUAAUUUAAUUUCAAAUGAUGCAUUAGAAAAAUGAAACGCAUGGUAAUUUUUUAUAAAUGAAAAUAUUAGUAAAAACCAUUGAAACUGGGAAUAUUACUAUAAAUAUUUUUCCAAUUUAAUUAUCUUUUUGAUGUCGUACUUUAUAAAAUAGUUGACAAAUAAAAUAUUUUGGAUUGUA